AUGAACUAAAUUUAAUAAGGAGAUGUUAUCGAUAAUCAAUAUGAAAUAAUAAAAAAAAUAUCAUAAGGUUCAUUUGGAAUAGUAUAUGUUGGAAAAUCUUUGACAAGAAACAAAAAUGUAGCAAUAAAGGUGGAAAAACAAGAAAUGGCAAGUUAUAGUAGCCUAAAUAGAGAAAUUGAAAUAUUGAAACUACUUCAAGGUGUUUCCUAGAUUCCUGAAUUAUAUUGGUAUGGCCAAUUCAAGAAAUGCAACGUUAUGAUAACCAAUUUGCUUGGACAUGACCUAAUAUAUUUUUAAAAACAAUAUUAGAAGUUUUCAACAUAAUGUAUUUACAACAUUGCCUUUCAAAUGUUGUGGAUUUUGGAACAAAUACACUCAAGGAAUGUAAUACAUAGGGAUUUGAAACCAGAGAAUAUUUUAAGUAAAAGCGAUUCUGAGAAGAUCUAUCUCAUCGAUUACGGAAUUUCUCGAAAUCUAAAUUAAAAACCAAAUAGGAAAAAGAAAAUCUCCUUUAUUGGUACAAGUAGAUAUGCAAGUUUGGCUGCUCAUUAAGGCAUAGAGCAGUCAGCAAAGGACGAUUUAGAAUCAUUAGGCUAUUUACUAAUUUACUUAAUGAAAUAGAGUUUGCCUUGGAUGAAUAUAGAAAAAACUGAUUUAUUAAGAUUGGAUAAAAUAGGAAAAUUAAAAUCGGAAACUAAAAUGGAAGAAUUAUGUUUCGAUUGUCCAAAUUCAAUAUUAAAGUAUAUGAAAUAUGUAAAGUCAUUGACUUAAUAAAUAAAACCACAAUAUGCAAUGUUGAGAGGGUUAUUUCUAACAAAAUUACAUAACUUUCCAGAUUAAGGACUUGAUUGGACUUAUCAAAAAAGCAGAUCUCAUAAAUAAAAAUUAAACAAAAGACGGAAGAGCAAUUAAAAUUCAAAAUAUUAAAGUUGUAGUACAAUUAAGAGAGGAUUUUUAGGAGAGAGUUUAGUUCCUCAAAAUGUUAAAACCUCUGCUGUUUAGGAUGAAUUAGCAGGAUCCUCAGAACAUGGAAGUAGUGCAUUACAAUUUAGUGCGGUUACCAAUUAAGGAAGUAUCAAAAGCAUAAGAGUGGGUUUUUCCUUAAGUGAUAUACAAGAAGAUCUAAAAGUACAGCCACACAAUAAUUAAAUUGCAAGGAUUUCUACCUUUGAAGGUAUCAUUGAACAUGAUCCAGGAAUGACCUUAAAAGCUGAAUAGCAAUUGAUGGAAAGGGAGAAUCAAGAUCUAGAAGUAAAAUAUAAUUUACUACAUUUCAAAUCGGUCUACUUUAACUUCAAGAAUCCAAUAUAAAAAUACAAUUUAAGAUCAAAUUAUUUUAGGAAAUGA